GGCCCCAGCUCGCGUUCGCAGACGGCAGCGCCGCGGAGUCUCUUGGCGGCGAUUUGGGGUGGCUGCAGGCACCUGCGCCAGCUUUUCCAAGCAGCAUGGCAACUCCCAGCCUGCCCCCACCAGACCCCCAGUUUGUGCUCCGAGGCACCCAGGCGGCCAUCCAUGCACUGCAUUUCUGCAGAGGGACCCCGGCUCAGGGACACCCACUCCUCCUUUCAGGGUCUAUGAGCGGCCUCGUGCACAUCUGGAGCCUGCAGACGCGGAGGGCAUUGGCCACCCUGGAUGGCCACAGGGGCCAGUGUGUGACCUGGCUGCAGAUGUUGCCCCAUGGGCACCAGCUUCUCAGCCAGGGCCGGGACCUGAGGCUGUGCUUGUGGGACCUGGUGGAGGGCCGGCACACUGUCACUGACUCGGUGCUCCUCACUAACGUGAGCUUCUGCAGGAGCGCCGUGCUGGCCGGGGCUCAGCCUCGCUGGAUGCUGGCUGUGCCGGGGAGAGGCACUGAGGAGGUUGAGAUUCUGGAGAUGCCAUCCAAGACGUCAGUGUGUACCCUGAAGCCAGAGGCGGGUGCCAAGCCGGGCAUGCCCAUGUGCCUGAAGCUGUGGCAGCAAGCUGACUCCAGCUCUCGCCCAUGCCUGCUGGCCGGCUAUGAGGAUGGCUCUGUGGCCCUGUGGGAUGUCUCAGAGAGGAAGGUGUGCAGCCGCAUGACCUGCCACCCGGAGCCUGUCAUGGCCCUUGACUUUGACUCCCAGAAGGCCAGGGGCGUCUCGGGCUCUGCGGAGAAGGCGCUGGCUGUCUGGAGCCUGGAUGAGCAGCAGGCCCUGAAGGCGUGUAGAAAUUACGAGCUCACCAAUCCCGGCAUUGCUGACAUCACCAUCCGGCCAGACCGCAAGCUCCUGGCCACCGCCGGCUGGGACCACCGUGUCCGCCUGUUCCACUGGAGAACAAUGAAGCCGCUGGCAGUGCUGGACUUCCACACCUCGGCUGUCCACUGUGUGGCCUUUGCCAGUGAUGGCUUAUUAGCUGCCGGUUCUGGGGACCAGCGCAUCAGUGUCUGGUCGCUCUACCGGCGCACGUGACCCGAAUGUGCUACCUGCUCACUACACACUGAGGAGUGGGGUAGAACCUCCCACGUGGGCCUUGACUUGAUCAUGUGGAAAACUGGACCUCCAGGACCUCGGGGGACCCUCAGACUGCAGUUCAGGACACAAAAUUCUGACCUUUCCUCUUACAACAUCCAUUGUCCAUCCAAAUGUGAUGCUGGAAGUUCAAAGAAUAACUGAGCCAGACACCUGGGUAUCUUGGAGCUGCCGCACCCACAGAGUUGCCGCACCCACAAGGCGGUCGUUGGCUAGGGUUUGUGCUUGCUGCUAGUUCUGAUAUACUAGUGACAGGGCACCUGGGGGAUUGUCACUCAGGGAGAGACAUUUGCUUGGGCCUGGCAGCAUGGCCAACCGAAGUACAUUUUACAAUAAAUGUUUACUCACGUACCUA